UUGGGUCACUCAAAAACAAUUGCAGUAAAGAGAUAAGAAGAAAAAAUGGGAGUCAAGUGCAAUCCGAAGAGGCCUAAAAUCUUGCUGGUCCCAUAUCCAGCGCAAGGCCAUGUGAACCCCAUGCUAAAGCUAGGGUUAUCUUUUGUUAGCCACGGGUUCGAACCCAUCGUCGUAACCCCGGAGUUCAUUCACCACCGGAUCGCGGCCAACCUGGACCCCCACAAAGGCGAAGUCAGGUUCGUGUCGAUACCGGACGGUUUAGACGGAGAAAAGGGGCCUCUGGAUUUCUUUUCCAUCGAGAAAUCUAUGGAGAAUGUCAUGCCGAUAUAUCUGGAGAGUCUCCUUCGUAAGUUUGAUGAAGACGAGGGGAAAGUGGUUUGUUUGGUUAUUGAUUUAUUGGCUUCGUGGGCUAUUCAAGUUGCCGAGCGAUGUGGGAUCCCUGCUGCCGGAUUUUGGCCGGCUAUGCAAGUCACUUACCGGUUGAUCACCGCCAUACCGGAGAUGAUCCAUUCCGACCUGAUUUCCGAAACAGGAUGUCCACGACAUCAAGGCACCGUCUUAUCCCUCCCGAGUCAGCCAUUGUUAUCAACCGAAGAUCUCCCAUGGCUGAUCGGAACCCAAGCUUCAAGAAAAGCAAGACUCAAAUUCUGGACCAGAACGUUAGAGCGUUCAACCACUCUCCCAUGGCUUCUCAUCAAUUCCUUCCCCCGAGAAUUCAUCGACGAAUACGAAGCUGAUGUUCGCAUCGCUCCACCUCACGCUAGUCCAAUCGUGUUCCCAGUCGGACCUUUAACCAAACCUUCAUUAACAACGGUGAAGAACCCUAGCUUCUGGAAAGAGGACACCAACUGCUUAGAUUGGUUAAACCACCACGAGUCUAACUCAGUCAUUUACGUCUCGUUCGGUAGUUGGGUCAGCCCCGUCGGGGACGCCAAAAUCAAAACCCUGGCUCUAACACUCGAAUCGUUAAACCGACCAUUUAUUUGGGUCUUGGCCGAAUCAUGGCGGCAAGGUUUACCAAAUGGGUACUCGGAGAGGGUUUCAAAGCAAGGAAAACUGGUUUCAUGGGCGCCUCAAUUGCAGAUUCUGCGACACAAAGCAGUGGGUGUAUAUAUCACGCAUUGUGGAUGGAAUUCGACGAUGGAAGCCAUUCAAUGCCGGAAACGACUGCUGUGUUAUCCGGUGGCCGGCGAUCAAUUUGUGAACUGUAAAUAUAUUGUUAAGGUUUGGAAGAUUGGGGUGAGAUUGAAUGGAUUGGAGCUAAAAGAUGUUGAAGAAGCGGUGAGAAAGGUGACGGAGGAUGAAGAAAUGGAGGGAAGGUUAAUGAAGAUAUACCAGAGAACAAUGGGAGAAGAGGCUAGCUCUAGUGUUAUGGGUAAUCUCAAGGCUUUUAUCUUUGGGCUCAAUCAAGUCCAACAUUUAAAAGAUGUCAAAACAUUUUAAUUUGCUUUUUUACAAGUUAAUGUAUAAUCCUUGCGGACCUUACGUGUGA